AUGCUGCUUCUCCUUCUGCUCGCAAGUGCUUUUCUCCUUCUCCCAUGGGCUGGGGCUGGAAGGAUCAUUGGCGGAUGGGAAGCUAAGCCCCACUCCAGGCCCUACAUGGCUCAUUUAUCAAUUAGAAAUGGGUCAGGCAAGUAUCGGUGUGGAGGGUUCCUGAUUCGCCCAGAUGCAGUGCUCUCAGCAGCUCACUGUGUGGCUGGAAAAAUGAAAGUGAAUAUCACCGUGACCCUGGGAGCUCACAACAUAAGUAAGGAGGAACUGAGCCAGCAGAAAUUCCAUGUUGACCAUUGGGUCAUCCAUCCCAAGUAUUCAAACAAAACGUAUGAAAAUGACAUAAUGCUGCUGAAGCUGAAGCCAAAGGCCAAGCUCACUAAGGAAGUGAAUUAUAUCCUUUUGCCCAGUGACAAUGAGCGUGUGGGACCAGGAACUACAUGUGAAGUGGCUGGCUGGGGCAGGACAUCACGGACACAGAAAGAGACUAAUGUGCGUGUGCUGAUGGAGGUGGACCUGAAGGUGCAGAGUAAUAAAGUGUGUGAGAAAUAUUUUAAAAGCAGCUACGUCCAUCAGUCUAUGCUCUGUGUUGGUGAUGGCAAUCGCAAAAAAUCAACUUGGGAGGGUGAUUCUGGAGGCCCAUUAGUCUGCAAUGGCAAGGCUCACGGCAUUGUUUCUCAUGGGCCCACAUGCUGCAUCUUCCCUAAAGUAUUUACUAGAGUCCUGUAUUUUGGACCCUGGAUACAUAAAGAGCUGAGAAAGUUUGCGCUCCAAGACCUACCUGACUCUCCCUCCUCUGACUAAAAUGCUCAGCGCCCCAUUUCUACAACACAUCAAACAUCUGCUGAUGCUCAGAGACUUCCAGCGGCAGCUGACAUGAAGUCCGGGAUGCUCUCAUGGCACAUGCACAGGCUUCUGCUCUAAGGAAUGUCUCCAUGGCAAGGUAAAAACACAGAUCCCAAGUACACACAGUUUCACACUGCCCCUCCGCCCACAGCUGCACAACAGUGCUACCUCCUGCUUUGCUUUCUGGCCACAAUAAAAGCAUGUUCA